UUGAAUAUUAACGAUUUAAAAGUUAAAGUGUUCAGUGUAACCCACAGGUCACCAAUUUAUAAAUUAAAAAAAAUGUCGAUUCCGUUAAUGCGACGACCAAAACAAGUUGAAAAGAACGUUGAAAAGAACAAUAACACUAUUUCUAUUGAUACAGAAGAUUACAUGAUACUGACUUUGAAGAACGGUAAAAAACUCGUUGUAUCUUCCGACUCGUAUCAUGGGAUCAUAACUUGUAGUAAUAUUUAUAAAUGUGUGAUUUGUAACGACGAAUUUAAUUUGGCUAAGGAUGACAAGGAAAAUCAUAAGAGAUCACAUAAUCAUAAGCAAUUGAUGAUCUUGUACCCACAUAAAGAGGAUUUUGCUGAGAAUUUGAUACGCCAGAUAGAAAGUGACAUAUGCUAUUGUACUAUAUGCAAUGUGGUCGUUCCAACGCGCACCUUGAUGAGACACCUCUCAGCAGAGGGACAUAUAGCAGAACUCAAGAAAGCCAAACUGCGAUCGUUUACGUACCAACCGUUAGAAUGAGUUGUGCUGGAUGCAACUAAAUCUUUUACUUAACGGUGUCUGAAUUGAGUAUUUGAUGUUAAGAACGUCUCUAAUCAUACUUAAUCCCUACUUAAAUGUGUUCCUGUACUAGUUUUGCGCCCAUGGCUUCACCCGCUUAAUCUAAAACCUAAAAAACUUAUAAAACAUACAUUUUGAAUCACUCUAUCUAUUAUAAAAAUAGCAUCAAUAUUGUGUAGUUUUAAGAUCUAAAGUAUACAUAGACAUUAGGACAGACGCAGGAAGCGACUGCUUUGUACUAUGUAGAUGUGACAGGCUUUCAGAAACUGUGUUUGUCAUAAUAUAAAUAAUAAGUAUCUUCAUCACAACAUACCUAGUAUAAAACAAAGUCGCUUUCUCUGUCCCUAUGUCCCUUUGUAUGCUUAAAUCUUUAA